AUGGAAGACGGCGACCGUGGGGCUAGAGUGAGAUCUGAUUCUCAGCCCCAAUCACCAGGUCGCAACCGCGCUGCCAGUGAUGCAGACUAUAUCUCACCUUCGAGGGUCAGCGGCAUUGACGAACGCCAGAAUAGCACCCGGCGACGUAGCUCUGCUGCAUCGAGACGCAGUGGUGCCAGCAGCAUCCCCAGCUUGGUUCCUCGCACCACCCUUGCCCAACGCACUCGCGGCGCGUUCACUCUAGCUGGACCGGAUGAAACGCCCCAGCUGCGCUUGGCUCAGGAGCCCUUCGUGCAACCCGGUUAUGCAGACCUCAACCCUUCGUAUGAGCAGCCUUCCAAUGCCAGACCGGUCUGGUCGUUGGCUAAACCGCUGCCCCGUGUGGUGCGGCCUGGCAUGGUCCCUACUAAGGAAGAGCUCUUGCAGAGUCUCGCGAACGCUCAGCGUCCGGCGGAAAACUCGCAGAAAUUGGGUCUGGACGUCGAUGCCAAUGACCUUGAACAGGGUCGCAUUGAUAAGACAACUGAUCCGCGUAAAAUGGCCGCCCAGGUUGAAGAUGCUCGUCUGCAGCGUGAGAAUAACUUCAUGAACAAAAUUCUCGCGGGUGAUGGCCAAUCUGCGAGACAGACAUCGCGUAUGUCGCGCACCUCGUCCGUUCGGGGUAGACGGCCUUCUAACUGGGACAGACCUCAGGACCAAUUGUCAAUUGUGCAGGAGGGUGGUUCUCAAGACGGAGAAGAGCCAGGUGAACAACCACUCGGUGAUGAGCACUUGGAACCUAUCCCAGAGAACAUCGAUCUCGGUCAGAGACUCGAUGAUCUCUUGGAUUCAUCCGAGCUCGAGAAAGCUGGUUACCCCGAGGACUUGCACCCGCUUGUCCAGGAGCUGGUGGAGGACGAAGUUCACAACAACCACACCACCUGGUCUGUGAUCCGUACUCACCACCGCGAGGCGCUUGCCGAAGCCCUCGGUGCCUUUGUCCAGCUCACCAUGGGCUUCUGUGCUGAUCUCUCUGUCACCAUCAACAACCAGGGUAACCCCAACACGACUGAAUGGGCCUGGGGCCUGGCUACUAUGAUGGCCAUCUACAUUUCUGGUGGUGUUUCCGGUGCUCAUUUCAACCCUGUGGUCACCAUUGUUCUCUGGUUCUUCCGUGGUUUCCCUAAGGCCAAGAUGCCCGAGUACUUCGCCGCUCAGUUCCUCGCUGCCUUCUGCGCUGGUCUUGCCGCGUAUGGUAUCUACUACCAAUCCAUCACUGAAUAUCUCGUCUCAAACGCCGACACCGGCAUCAUCAACAGCUUUGUGACGAACUCGCGUGAGGCGUGGGUUGGUUCCGCGACAGCGUUCUUCAACGAGUUCAUGGGAACGGCCUUUUUGAUCGUCACCGUCCUUGCUCUCGGUGAUGACCAGAACGCUCCCCCAGGCGCGGGUAUGAACUCGCUCAUCGUUGGAUUGGUCGUUACCUGUCUGAGCAUGUGCUUUUCAUACCAAACCGGCGCGGCAUUCAACCCGAGUCGUGACUUCGGUCCCCGUCUUGCGUUGCUCGCUGUCGGAUACCCCAGUACCAUGUUCACUAACCCGUACUGGUUCUAUGGACCUUGGGUCGGUGCUCUGAGUGGUGGCUUCAUGGGUGCUUUCUUAUAUGACUUCUUUAUCUUCACUGGUGGUGAGUCGCCGGUCAACUACCCUUGGGAGCGAACCGAGCGCGCUAUGAAGAAGAGUGGAAUGAAGUGGAAGCGUCGGUUGCAUCUCGGUAAGGAUGUUUCACGGCCAAGUGUUGAAUAA